CGCCGCCACCACCACCAUCCUCCGUCACCGCUGUCGCGUAUCGUUUUCCUUCUUCCGUUUCUUAUUGCCUCGCCACCGCCGUCGCCGCUACCGCCACCGCCACCGACCCGGGCCAGCGCGGUCUUCCGCAGAGCACAGACACGCACGCACGCAACAAACUCCGCCCACGGCAGGGCGCGAACACCUUCCGCCGCCGGCCCCGUCCUCCUUCGUGGCCAACGGCGGUAAACCAAAGCUCCGCGGCGGCCGCAACCUCCGACCGACGAACCAGCCGCGAAAAAAAAACGCUUUUUUAACAGUCAGUCGCGCCGGUCCGCCCGUCCCCGACGACACGCACACCGCAGCGGCCGCACCACCGUCGUCACCACCGUCGACGUCGACGUCUUCGUAUAGUAUUCGCGGUUUUUUUCCCCGUCUCGUCACGUGAUUAUUUCGUUCUCGUCUCGUCACCGCCGAACAUGCACCUGUCGGAACCGAUGAGGAACCGUGACGGUUUCCUCAAGGCCGACGUGCUGGCCGAACGGACGCUGGACAGCCUCCUGGCCGAACAUCCCGGCGAGCUGGUCCGCACCGGUUGCCCGCACGUCGUGUGCACUGUGCUGCCCACGCACUGGCGGUCCAACAAGACGCUGCCGGUUGCCUUCAAGGUGGUGGCGCUCGGCGAAGUGCCGGACGGCACGCCGGUCACCAUUCGCGCAGGCAACGACGAGAACUUUUGCGCGGAGCUGCGCAACUGCACCGCCCUGAUGAAGAACCAGGUGGCCAAGUUCAACGACUUGCGGUUCGUCGGCCGGUCCGGUCGAGGAAAAAGUUUUACGCUGACUAUAAUGUUGAAUUCGUGUCCACCGCAAGUAGCCACUUAUUCCAAAGCCAUCAAAGUCACAGUAGACGGUCCCAGAGAGCCGAGGUCGAAAACCAGCCUAUUAUUUAACUCGUUUGCAGGAAACCAAGGGUUCCAUCCUUUCCACUUUGGACCUAGACCUUUCCCGUUCGGUACGCCACUGGAUCCAAAUAGAAUAGCAGAAUUGCCGUUAAAAUUGUCAGGUCUUGCCCACUCGUGGGGCACGUCGUUUUCCAGAGCUUUACCAUCGACCGCAUACCCCCCUUAUUUGGCUAACAAUUGCGGUCCGCCGACAUUUCAACACUCAAACUUCACCAACAUUUUUCCGUAUAACGGAACGACCACUGAAGUGAUUCAACAGCAGACGAUUAACACGGGCACAGAUGGCAACAACAGCAGCACCAGGACGGCGACAGAACCGUUAGGACCGAUCAGCGUCAACGUGAGCGUGGAUAGCGCGACGACCAGAAGCCACAGGACCGGGAUCAGGGGCCACAGGGGUCUAUUGACCACGGUGUCUGGAAGCGGCGCGCACAAGCGGCACCAUCACCAUCACCACCAUCACCACAAGCGACAUCGGGACAACCGGUCCGAGAAGAGUGCAGUGGUGGCGGUCACCGUGGACCGCUUGUCACCGACGGUCGUUGCGGCGUCGGCAGCCGCAGCUAUCAAUAACAACGACAACAACAACAACAACGGCAGCAGCGGUGGCGCCGGCGACGAACACGACAAGAAUAAACGGCGUGCGGCCGACGACGACCACCGCGUUAGGCGCGUGGCCAGGACGACUCCAUCGCCACCACCUCCACCAACGCUGCGACCUCCUCCACCCGCACAGCCUGUGGCUCAGCUUCCGCCGCAUAUCAUGGCAGCGGCCGCAGCCGCCGUGUCACCGCGUUCGCACCACCCGUCCGCGUCUGUGCCCCCGCCGCCCGUCACGCAACCCGUUCCGCUCGUGGCGCCGUCGCUGUUCAGCUUGUUCCUGAACGCGCCGCUUCUGCAGCCACACACGCAGUGGCUUUACUCUCAGCUGUACCCCAAUCCAUAUCUGAGUCACAUACGAAACACGAUGAUAUUCGACAACGAGUCGACGGCCGCUGCCGUGGCCGCGGCCGCGGCGCAGAAAGCCGUGGGCGGCGGCAUCGGUGGCGUCGUUGACGAGGGCGACGGGUCGGCGGCCGAGAACGAAUCUCCCAAAAAGUCACCCGCCGACGAGGGUGAGGCGGACGGCGGCGGCGGCGUCGGUGCUGACGAUGAAGUCGACCGCGACGGAGCAGACGCUUCGCCGGCCGUUUCGCCCAAAACCACCGCCAAACAGACAGACGUCUGGCGGCCGUAUUGAUACGUCCACCGUGGCCUUAGCGAUAUUGAUGAUAACGAUGAUGAUGAUGAUGAUAUAAUUCCAUGUGGUGACGCCGAAGUAUAUUUCAACAGGAGGGAUAUCCCUAAUUUUGAAUUAGAAUUUUUUAUAAUUGCACCACUCGAAGCGGACGUCUUCCGUAUACACGCGUACUAUUUAAAUUAAUGAUUAUACGUAAUACUUAUAAAUAUCUCAUUAGUGAUAAUAUGAUAUUGUCCCCAUAUACUAUCGUUCAUAAUACACCACCCAUCCAAACCCACCCUUAGUUUGAGGAACGCCGUGGUCACCCACCCCUCCUUAGUCCCGGGAUAUAGUUUCGACGCUAUACCGAUGCAAUGUUCUAUAGCCAUAGAUUGCGGACAUUGAUACUUCACUCUGUAUUGAGUGGCAUUUUUUUUUUCUCAGAAUAUAUUCAUGACCACGGUAAGCGUGUUGAUUAUUAAGUUAUUUUUUUCGUUAGCUCUUUUGUGAUAUUAUAGACUUGCGCAGGUCGACUGGUGAACGUAUUAAAAAAAAAUAUAUAUAAUUGUUAUCAUAUUAUAUUAUAAUUAAAUUACCAGUAUAAUAUUAUAUAUUAUUUUGCACGUAUCACCGUCUCCGUCACCACUAUCACCAUAGCACCAUCAGCACAGUGACCACCCGGCUGUUACCUUAUGUUGUAUAAGUACCUACCUAUAACCUGUAUUCCCGCCAUAACCACGACGCGUCAAUUAAUCCCGUUCGAUGUACCGAUGGUAAUAAUAAUAAUUAUAUAUAUUAUAUUAUGUUGGGCCACCCUAUUAUUAUGGACAUCACGUGUUAAAUAAAUCAUAUACCUAUCGUGUGAAAAUAAUGUUAAAUAUUGUAUGAUUGUAUAGGUAUACAAUAACCCGCUCCUGUACCUGCGCGUCCAUUAUAACCUGGUAGUAAGUAUAUGCAUAAUAUACAUUAUGGUAAUGUCCCACUUACUACCGUUUUAUUAUUAAUAUAUUUUUUUUUUUCAUCUGUGUAUUUUACGUUUCAAUUCUAUGUGUACGAUAUUAUUAUUAAUUAUUAUUAUGCAAAUAAAGAAAACAAUUAUUUGGUUGUUAACAAAAUUGAAUUGAUUUUUGGUAUGUCAUUUUAUUUAUUCAAUCUUACAGUCCUCAACAGUGGCAGAUUUAGGGAAAAGUAAAAAAUCCUAGAU